GCUGAAGAAUCGAGCAACCUGAUCGAGUCGAGUCUCUCCCUCUCCCUCUCCCUCUCCACACCGACUGCGUGCCUUCUCGGAAGCCGCCGGCCCGCUCAGCGCCGGCGCUUCUGACCACCGGAGGCGGGAGCCGGCGGCCGUCCCUACCGACCGGAGAUCUGCGUUCGCCCUCCCCCCACCCUGCGCGUGGUUACAGAUGAAUCAGGCUGAGGUUUCUGGUUUGUUAUGUGUUGGAUUGCAUCAAACGAAUGCGGGUGACGAAUUGUAUGCAACUGAAUGUCUAAAAAUGAACCAGGACUCUUCACAUGAAACAGUCAAGUUGGGUGUAGUCAUGCCAGCUUCAACAAUGCAAAAUGAUGAUAACAAUGCUAAUGCAUGCCUAGAUGAUUACCAACAUACAAGGAUGAUAGCAGGAAUUCAACCUAUGGAGGAAGAUGGUUUUGGCAGUACACAACCCUUUGAGCUGCAAUCACAAGGGAUAAUACCUGAUUCUGAGGAAGAAAGCUUGGCAUCUAGCCCUGAAACUUCUUCAACCUCCAAUUAUGAUAUACCUGGUUUAGCUGAGCAAAAUUUGGAGCAUAUUUACAACGUUAUAGGUGAAAUGGUUGAUAAAGAAGGGCCAGUUGUACUUAAUCCAGAAUAUGUGAUGUGUGGCACAACUUCGCAUGUGGAACCACACAUAACUUUCUCAUCGGAUGGAUUCAAGAUUGAAUAUUGGGAUCCUUGUGAAAAUGAUGAGACAGUUGCUCAAUAUUGGAAAAUUUCUGAUAUCACUUCUAUCGAUUGUAAAUGGGCGCAGAGUGUUGGAUCUGCCUUGAUAACCCUCCAUGUUGGAUCAGGCACAGAAACUGGAAAUUCUGGCCAUGAUAGAAUACAGUUCUGUCUUAUUGAUAUGCAGUGGCCAAGGAAACAGCAAAACAUUUGGCAUCUUGCAUCGAGAUACCAAGAAAUAUGGAACAAUAUUCCACUAGAUAAUUUUGCGUCGGAGAAUUGGAACAUUGAACCCAGUUUAUUUUUCCCUAAGCAAUACUUUUCUGAUACUGAGGACUUUGAAGAUGUUAUCUAUCCUAAAGGAGAUCACGAUGCUGUUUCCAUUAGCAAAAGAGAUGUUGAGCUGUUGUUACCUGAAACAUUUGUGAACGAUACAAUAAUUGACUUUUAUAUCAAGCACUUGAGCACAAGAAUUGAACCCACAGAGAAGCACAGGUAUCACUUCUUUAACAGCUUCUUUUUUCGCAAGCUGGCUGACCUUGACAAAGAUCAAGGGAGAGCUCCAGAAGGUAGAGCAGCUUUCUUACGUGUUCGCAAGUGGACCCGUAAAAUAAACAUAUUUGCAAAGGAGUUUCUGUUUAUUCCAGUUAACUUCAACUUGCAUUGGAGCUUAAUUGUUAUUUGUUAUCCUGGAGAAGUGGAGACAUUUAAAGAUGGUGACACAAAUAUCUCUGCAAAAAUUCCAUGUAUACUACAUAUGGACUCUCUUAAGGGAAGUCAUAGUGGACUGAAGGACAUCAUCCAAAGUUAUUUAUGGGAGGAAUGGAAGGAAAGGCAUCCUGAACCAGCAUCAAAUUGUUCAGACAAGUUCUUAAACUUGAGGUUUAUCUCCCUCGAGCUCCCUCAGCAGGAUAAUUCAUUUGAUUGUGGCUUGUUCUUACUGCAUUACGUGGAACUAUUUUUGAUGGAUACCCCGAGAAGCUUCAAUCCUUUGAAGAUUGACUUGUUCUCUAACUUUCUUAGCAAUGAUUGGUUUCCACCUGCUGAGGCUUCUUUGAAGCGUUCAUUGAUUCGGAAGUUAAUUCAUGAGCUGUUGAAAGAGCCUUCCCAAGAUUUUCCCAAACUAGUCUGCUAUAGUGAGCAGCUGGAUAAGACACAUCAAAGGAGUGAGAAUGCUGAGCAAGAACAACCUAAAGAGCUCCCUGCUCAGAUGUGCUCUGAUGGUGAACCUAAUUCUGUUUGCACAAUUCUUGGAGCACAGCAACAAUCCACAUCCACCUGUUUCAAUGAUUCUGAUGAAAAGGGGCCACCUGUUUCUGGAUGCAUUUCAGAGAUCGCAAAGGAUUCAACGGUAGCUGUACACAACCUACAUAAGUUGGAGGUAUGUUCACCAAACAAGGAUACCAUCGUUUGCUUGUCAACCCAUGAUGAGAGAAAUGAGCCACCGCCUGCCGAUUCUUACAAUCUUGAUUUGAGAUCAUGUGUCUCAGAAGACGCUGAAGCAUUCAAGGAAUCAGCUGGUGUUGUGAAAGAACAGUAUAGUCAUAAGGAACCUUUGCUAGAUUCCCUGGACAAUAAACAGGGUAUUUCUACUGAAUCUGAAGCUGCGGUGCAUGACAGUAUGGACUCCAAGUUAUGUUCAGUCUCCAAUAAUGCUGUCUCAAUGGCUAUUGAGGAAUGUUCUUUAGGUAAAAGCACUGAUGGAAAUGAGGAGCACAAUCGAUCCUGUGAAGAUAUUAUAGAAUCUGCGUUGAUGCUUGAUGGCAGCAAAGCUGACACUGAGCUUAACCCAGAAAGAAUUACAGGUGAAGCUGAUGUUGAGAAAUGUGAUGAUUUCAAGGACAUAGAUGCUACUGAGCAAUCUUUAGACGAGAAUAUAGUUGAAGCUGGGGACAUUAAAUGUGAAGAUAAUAUUGUGGACCAUAUCAUUGUAGAAGAUGCUACUCUAUAUAAUGCAAAUGAAACUAGCUCAACUGCUGAUAAGAUCAAUGAUAAUGACCAGAAUGUUUCAUCUGAAUUGAAAGAAGGAAACAAAGGCAAUGGUAUGACCAGUUCAAUUUCCUGUGAGAUGGAAGAGAGAAAUAUUGACAAUGGAACAGUUGAAACUUGUACAGAUGGCCAGGAAACUCAUAAUAACUCUGUAACAGGUGAGACAGUUCCUUGUGAAGACAAUACGACUGGCAUAACUGAUGUUGAGAUGCCACACAAAGAUAGCACCUGCAGCAUGAAGAGUGAAACUAUUUGUGAUAACAAAACAUCUGAUGCCAAAAGACCUCUGCCUGAUAGCACCGAUAAGGAAGAUAUACCUGAUGACAAUUGCUUGCAGAAAGAUGAUUCCCGGGGUGCUGAUGCAAAAACAGAGCGGCACUACAAGCGACGGAAGUUUCUGGCAUCUGAAGCAUUAGAUUAGAGCUUUAUCUGCGUAGGUGAUAGUUUUUGCUUGUGUUAUAUGUAUUCAUAUUUAUUUCCUUUACGCAAUAUAUCCUGGUGUUUGAUAGGUGACAUCCAUGAAAUCUGUAAGUUAAUGGAUAGACGAACUAUAUGAAACCUUGAUAGUAGCUGCCUGACU